AUGCCGGGAGUGAAACCCAUAGUCAAGUACAAGAAAUGUUACAAAAUAGUGAAAGUGGUAAGAACUACUGAAAAUCCUAUCCCAAAAGUAGUGCUCACAGAUGAAACAACCAAUGAAAAAGAGACAACAGAAGAAACAAUGGUUGUGAAGAAAAACAAUGAAACAAAGGUGAGCGAAGAGAAGAAAGAUGAAGACAAAAACACAGAAGAAUCGACCGAAAGAAUAACGAAAGAUGAACAAAAAAUCACUGAGAGCACGACAACUACAGAAGAAUUUAUGGGUCCCGAACCUGUUUAA